CAGCUUCUCUGCUAAAAAAUGAAAAAGGGGGCAGAGAGCAUUCACAUAACAUCAUCAAAACGAAACGAGCAAAACCAUUUGGAAUCGAUUGAUCUUCUCAUUUCUCGGAAUCGAUCGAGCUGGUGAGAGAUGCCGGGCUUAACAUGUAACGCGUGUAACAUGGAGUUCGAGAACGAAGCUGAACGAAAGCUUCAUUACAGCUCCGAUUGGCACCGUUACAAUCUCAAGCGCAAGGUAGCUGGAGUUCCUGGAGUUACGGAAGAGUUGUUUGAGGCGAGACAAUCUGCUCUUGCUCUAGAGAAAGGCAAAUCAGAUGAAGCGCCUAUGCUCUACACCUGCGGAGCUUGUGGUAAAGGCUACAGGAGCUCCAAGGCUCAUGAGCAGCAUCUCAAGUCACGGAGCCAUGUUUUGCGUGUUUCGCAAGGGGAAACAAGCAAUGGUGAUGAGGAUGUAGCGAUUGUCACGCCGCUUACUCGCCGUUUCAAGAAUAAAGAGAAUGAGGAGAGUGAUGAUGAGUGGGUGGAGGCUGAUUCAGAUGAGGAACUGGCUGCUGAUGCUGAAGAAGAGGCCUCUGAGGCUUUGUCUAAGUUGAAUGUGAACGAGUCAGGAGCUGGUGGAGAAGAUAUGGAUCCAACCUGCUGUUUGAUGUGUGACAAGAAGCAUAAGACCUUGGAGACCUGUAUGGUUCACAUGCAUAAGCACCAUGGUUUCUUCGUUCCGGAUGUUGAGUAUCUAAAAGAUCCUGAAGGGCUUCUCACUUACCUCGGUCUUAAGGUCAAGAGAGACUUCAUGUGUCUCUACUGCAGCGAGCUCUGCCAUGCAUUCAGCAGCUUAGAGGCUGUAAGAAAGCAUAUGGAAGCAAAGAGUCAUUGCAAGUUGCAUUAUGGUGAUGGUGAUGACGAGGAAGAUGCUGAACUAGAAGAGUUUUACGACUACAGCAGCAGUUAUGUUGAUGAAACUGGAGACCAGAUAGUCGUGGCUGGUGAAACAGACAACGCUGUAGAACUCGUUGGUGGUUCUGAGCUCGUGAUCACCGAGAGAUCUGAGAACACAACAACGUCCAGGACUCUGGGUUCACGUGAAUUCAUGCGUUACUAUAGACAGAAGCCUCGUCCAAGUUCUCAAGACAGUAACCAGAUUGUUGCCUCUCUGUCUUCAAGGUACAAGAGCCUGGGUCUGAAGACAGUGCCAUCGAAAGAAGAUAGAGUGAAAAUGAAAGCGCUUAAGGAGAUGAACAAGAGAGGCGAGACAAUGCGUACCAAGAUGGCAAUGAAGAGUAACGUCAUAAGAAACUUGCCCAAUAAUGUUCCUUAUUAGCUCUCUGAGCUUGUCAUUUUGAAUUGUGGGACUGUUCCAUGUACUUUGACAAAGUUGUGUUUGUGACAAUAAGAGUGAGCUUUUUAAACAUGAAUAUUAAAGUUACAUGUUCAGUAAAAUAGUAAAUGUUAAACA